UUAUAUUUUCUUUACAUGCAAGAUAUUUUAUGCAACCUUGUGAGUAGUUGUCGCAAGCGGGGAGCCAUGGCCUGGUUUUACGCUUUCACCUGCACCCUCCUUGUGAUUCAUGCUGCAGAAAUAUCGCGAUGCCAAGAGCAAUAUACGUGCGACAGCGACACUAUGCUUCCUCCGCGUUUGGUGCGCGAGAUCCGUAAAUACAAGCCAAUCGUAGACAAGAUCAUAGACACCGUUGUGUACGGCGACGAACAAAAUGUGACGUACGAGGAACUGGCCAAGUUCGUGGACACGUUCGGCGCGCGGCCAUCUGGUAGUAAGAGCUUGGAAGACUCGAUCGACUACAUGUUCGACAUGCUGCGAGGCCAGGGACUAGACUUCGUGCAUACUGAGAACGCCAGCGUGGUAAACUGGCAGAGGGGUCACGAAGAGGCGUGGAUGGUGAAGCCCAGGUUGAAGCGAAUGAACAUCCUGGGCUUGGGAAACAGCGUGUCCACGCCGCCAGGUGGCAUCACGGCGCCGGUGCUGGUCGUUGGGUGCUUCGACGAACUCCAGGAGAAUUCGAGCAAGGCAAAGGGCAAAAUAGUGGUGUUCAACCAGGAGUACGUCACCUACGGAAAGACGCUCAAGUACCGCGUGCAGGGAGCUUCGGCAGCGGCGAAGGCCGGCGCCGUGGCCGCACUCGUCCGCUCCUUGACGCCCAUGUCGAUCAACAGCCCGCACACGGGUUACAUGAAGUACGACGAAAACGUCACCAGGAUACCGACUGCAUCUAUCACCGUCGAGGACGCCGAACUGCUGGCUCGACUGCAAGAACGAGGGAGUGAGCCUGUCGUGAAGCUGGUCAUGGGAGCCAAGUCACUGCCGCCUGCAAGCUCUCGAAACACGAUCGCGGAAAUUCGCGGCGACAGCAUACCGGAGGAGGUUGUUCUGAUAUCCGGUCACUUAGACUCCUGGGACGUCGGGCAAGGCGCCAUGGACGAUGGUGCGGGCGCCUUCAUCUCGUGGCGGGCUCUGGCCAUUCUGCGAAGGCUGGGCCUCAAGCCUCGCCGCACGUUACGCUGCGUCCUUUGGACGGGAGAGGAGCUACACAUGGCCGGUGCGGCGGAAUACUUCCGCCGCCACUUCGCGCGUGAGCUGCACCGCAUGAACCUCGUCAUGGAAUCGGACACGGGAACGUUCCGUCCCCUGGGCCUCGCCUAUUCCGGCUCCAACGAGCACGCUCGUUGCAUCGUGGCCGAAGUGCUUCGCCUAUUCGCUCGCAUCAACGCGACGCGCCUCACGCUAGGCGCUUCGGCUCCAGACCUUUCGUCCUGGAUGAAAGCGGGCGUUCCCGGUGCGUCGCUGAGCACGGCGAACGAGAAGUACUUCUACUUCCACCACACCGAAGCGGACACGAUGAGCGUGCUGGACCGCCACGAACUGGACCUCUGCACAGCCCUCUGGACGGCCGCUUCGUACAUUUUUGCGGACCUGAGCGUGCGCCUCCCGUGGUGAAGACCUGGCAAUCAUUGUUUGCGUUCGCGAUGAAUGAUACAUAUAGAGAACUUUGUUGAACUCAUCAGUCAUCACAUUAUGCGAUGUUUUAAAUAAAUUUCCACAGUAAAUGCA